AUGGUUACCAGUUACAUGGGAGGCACAGGAGUUGAGGUUGCAACGAAAGGGAUGAGUAUGGUAACAGGAACGCUGUAUGAUAGGGUUAUUGAGAAGAGAAAAAUCGAAAACUUUAAUGACUUUCACACUGCCAUUCUUGAUAUAUUCAAUGCAAUCAACAUGGCCUUGCCUGGUAAGCAUUAUGAUGCACCACCACAUGAUGAUAUAAAGAAAUGUUAUGAUGAAUGGAUUGGUGAAUCUAAUGAUGCUAACAAGAAGGAUGCUUUCACCAAAUUCAUCAAAGAUUAUGUGAAUCUCAGCAAAGCAGAUGAAUCUAUGAUGAUCACAGGGAUUGUGGCUCCACCAGUUGCCAUGGCAGUUAAGAAAACUGGACAAACUGUGCCCCAAUUGAGUGUGAUUAAAGCCAUUCCUGAUGUUGCGUUUGUUCCUGGAGCUACCAUUUUGGCUCUCAUUGCUAUUAAGCUCACCAAAAGAAUGGCAUUCAAGAAUAUCCCUUCCAUUGAUCAAAAAGAGAAUUCCCCAUCCUAG